GUGUGUGUGUGCACGCGUGUGUGUGUGCACGCGUGUGUGCUCUCGAGCUCGAGUGUGUGUAUGUGAGUAUGUGUGAGUGUGUGUGAGUGUGAAUAUGUGUGAAUGUGUGCGUGUGUGCACUCACCCACAGGCAUGCGUUCUUUACCCCGCCAAGGAUUUGACUGCUAAGAGAUAGAUUUGCUCUCUCCUCAGAGCUCCUUGAUCAGCAACCUCUCUGACCACCUGGUUGGCAAAGACCCACAGGCCAUGAGGACAGGUCAAAGGCAGUGAGAGGACGUGCAAGGGUAAACCCCUCUUCCCCGCAGUCUUACCUCCUGCCUUGAAGGCCCUGCAAGCCAGCCAAUUAAAGGGUUGCCCAUAGCCGGAUACCUGUAUGGCGGCCUUACUGAUGCCUCGGAGGAACAAAGGGAUGAGGACUCGCUUGGGAUGCCUGUCUCACAAAUCAGAUUCAUGUAGUGAUUUCACAGCUAUUCUUCCUGACAAGCCGAACCGGGCUCUCAAGAGACUGUCCACCGAAGAAGCUACGAGAUGGGCAGAUUCAUUUGAUGUGCUGCUCUCCCAUAAGUAUGGAGUGGCAGCAUUCCGAGCUUUCCUGAAGACUGAAUUCAGUGAGGAGAACUUGGAAUUCUGGCUAGCCUGUGAGGAGUUCAAAAAGACUCGGUCGACCACCAAGAUGGUUUCCAAGGCUCACAGGAUCUUUGAGGAGUUUGUAGAUGUGCAGGCCCCUCGAGAGGUGAACAUAGACUUCCAAACUCGGGAAGAAACUCGGAAGAACAUGCAAGAGCCUUCCUUAACGUGCUUUGACCAAGCCCAGGGGAAAGUGCACAGCCUCAUGGAGAAAGACUCUUACCCCCGGUUCCUGAGGUCCAAAAUGUACUUAGAUCUUCUGACUCAAAGCCAGAGGAGGCUCAGUUAGAGUUGAGAUGGGGACCCAUGGAAAUCACAGGCUUUCCCCUUCCCCCAGCUGCCAAGACCAUAUUCCAAUGUGAACCGUCAUCAGUGUUUAAACACAGUGGAGUUUGGGGUGGGAGGCUGGG